AUGUCACGCUCUGCUGCAUAUCUUGUCGUUGAGCCUCACCCCUCGGUGCCUAGCACCCGCCGGCCAGCCCUACACACCUCAAGAGGAGGCGCCGGCAACGUCAUCUCGCUUCGCAACACCAAAACCACCGACUCCCAAACCGCCACGGGCCCUGCAUCCUUGACUCGACUCGACUCCAGGGCUCCCCUGACCUUCAAGUCUGGCCGUGGAGGCGCCGGCAAUGUCCACAGCAGCAGUGAACGCGCCAUCUUCAGUUUCGAUGAGGAGCUAGAGCGUGAGAUGCGUCGCGAAAAGGAGAUUGCGCCUGUUUUCCAUGUUGGGCGUGGCGGCGCCGGGAAUUUGAUUCUCAACAGUGAGAAGUCAUACGGCUUGGAACGACGCCAGUCUAGCACCAGCUCGUCCAGCAAUGAGUCCUUGGCUGAUCGCGCAAAGGAUCGAGCUCGUCAGAGCUUGGAGCGUACUUGGAGCCGGCUUACUGGCCAUCAAUAAUUUGCUCUCUAUUCUCAACAAGAAACGACUAUUAAUAACGACAUCACGACCACCAAAAGUUUUCUUUUCUUUUUUUUUCUUUUCUCUCUCUUUUUUAAUUUGCUUCAGUCAACGGCGCAUUUGAUCAUUAGCGAGGUCAUAGGGAUGGGCAAUUCGGGGCAUAAUACCAAAAAAAGUUUCCCUUUUCAUAUUCACAUUCACAUUCACGACUUUGUUUGCUUUACUUAUCAUGACUCUGCAGCGAAGCGUUCUCGAGUGAAUCCUUCGUAUAGCAUUAUACCCCCGUCUUCCGGUCUGGGAGUUUGAUACUCUCUUGUUCUACUUAUAUGACCUGUUUGUAUGAAUACAAUUAUCUUAAUACUUGGUUUGAAGGAAUGGACAUCUUCACUAC